CGUUUAGAACUGUAGAAGGCUUACUCGGGCCUCCAUUUGAAGGGUCGCCACUCAAAAAUUACCCCAAACAAUCGGGUCAAAAAUUACGCGCCUGUGUGCAGCGCAAGAAAUCUUGUGUUCAAAGACACCAUACAUUCCCAGACUAGCUCUCAUUUUCUGUGGUCAUCUUCUUUUUAAUCUGCAUUCCAGUUAAUCCCUUUCCAAUGUCCAGUGUUUAGCUUUAUAUGAAGAUUUCUCUUGGGUGAAUUAUUUUGAGCAUUUCAAUUGCUUUUUGUAAAAAGAUUGCAAGGAUGAUGAGGAUUGGUUUUAGAGGGAUCGAAUCAACUGCACCUUUUCGUGUGGAGAACUCUGAGUUGUUUGAUGGAAUUCUGAGAGCCCCAUCUUUCCAGAUUCCAAAUGCUACUGAUUUCGAUGGGUUUCAGAAGGAAGCAAUCCAAAUGGUGAAGCCUGCUAAGGGAACCACCACCUUAGCCUUCAUAUUUAAGGAUGGAGUGAUUGUGGCAGCUGAUUCUCGUGCUAGUAUGGGAGGAUACAUAUCAUCACAGUCUGUGAAAAAGAUCAUUGAAAUAAAUCCAUAUAUGCUUGGCACAAUGGCAGGAGGUGCUGCUGAUUGCCAGUUCUGGCACAGGAAUCUUGCAGUCAAGUGUCGUCUCCACGAGCUGGCAAAUAAAAGAAGAAUUUCAAUUGCUGGAGCUUCAAAGUUGUUGGCUAACAUUUUAUAUUCUUACCGUGGAAUGGGCUUAUCAGUUGGAACUAUGAUCGCUGGUUGGGAUGAAAAGGGUCCAGGACUAUAUUAUGUGGAUAGUGAAGGUGGACGGCUAAAGGGAAACAGGUUCUCUGUGGGAUCUGGUUCUCCAUAUGCUUAUGGAGUUCUGGAUAAUGGGUAUCGGUAUGAUUUGUCUGUUGAAGAAGCAGCAGAGUUGGGAAAACGGGCUAUUUAUCAUGCAACAUUCCGAGAUGGGGCCAGCGGAGGUGUUGCCAGUGUAUAUCAUGUUGGUCCAAAUGGAUGGAAGAAACUAUCGGGUGAUGAUGUUGGAGAGCUUUACUACCAUUACAAUCCCAUUGAGCCCGCAACAGUGGAACAUGAAAUGGCUGAUGUGCCUUUUGCCUGAGACCCCCCCCCCAACCGACAGUGUAUCUUGAUUUGAUCUGCUUAGUUCCUUUUCCCUGCAGUUGUUUCUAUGCACAAUCUUACAUGCUUUGAUUUCAUCAGAUCUGAAAUUGUAAUCCUUCUUGACUAUGUAUCAAUUCAACACUGCAAUAUUGGUUAUCUCAUUAUGCAGGAGCUCUAGCUCCAAAUUUAGUCAUUUUGAAUAUGAUACUUGAUCAGGUCAUUGCAUGCCUGAAGUUGUAUCAUACUGGAGUCGUUCAUCAGCUUGUUAACAAUUUCUCUUAGACCGAACCGAACACCGAACAAUUUGCAAUAUACUACGUAUACCAC